UAUCGCUUCUCCGGUGGAACAACGACAUAAGUGCAAAUUUUUGACUUUUUGACAUAAGUACGACAACAGUACAAUAACAUUUCAUUUUAUCGAAUGGAACAAUGACAUAAGUAUAAUACCUAUUAUUGACCGCUAGAGAGCAGUUUCGUCAUUGUUGAAAAUACCGGUUUUUAAUCACAUGUCCAAUGGAACAAUGACGUUGUUAUCAGUUGUGUUUCGCCUACCGACCGCGGUGUAUUGUUUUUAUUUCUACAACGACGUAAUUGUUAUUUGUGACACUUUUUUGUUUAAUCCUGGUGCCACAACGACGUAAGUGAGAGUUACGUCAUUUUUCAUCUAAAAACACUUAAUUUUUCGUCAUUAUCUAGUGGAACAACGCCGUAAGUAUACAUUCCGUCAUUAUUGACUUCAAAUUUUUUUUUUUUUUUUUUAGUGUAAUUGUUCUUUCUGUCAUUGUUCACUCAAUAUUUCUUUGCUUUUUUCCAAUCUGCGAUUUUAUUUUUAUUUUGUAAACUAUGUUUUUAGAUUAUUAUAAUGAAACGAACAAAGCUAUUAAUAGAACUAGCUACUCAAAAGACUGAAAUUGAGAAAAAUUCUGUAUGGAAUCUUGAAAAUUCGCCUAAGACUGAUUCUCCCGAGAUUUUGACUGACGCUCAAUAUUUGCAGUCCAGUCCAUUAUCAUCUGUAACACCGUGUUGUAUCGCCGAACAAAAUGAAUCACCAAUCAAGCUUAAGCUUCGUAGAUUGACAAAACAGACGAAUUAUAAAGUAAUAGUUGAUGAUUCAGAAAAUGAGGAAAAUCUUUCUGGGGAUGACAGUGACAACUAUAUUCCAUCAGUAAGUGAAACAUCUUCGGAAAGUGAAAGCACUGACCAGUUGACCGAUCUCCAAACAAUCGAUCUCCCGAUAACGGUUUCACCUAUCAAAAAAGGAAAAAAGAGAUCAAGAAACCCAGAGCAAUGGAAAAAAACAAAAGCCAAAUUAUUGAAGAAUUCUGGUAAGAGCUACACUUCUAGAACAGGAAAAACUGUCAACGAAAAGGUUAUGGGGCCAAAUUGCUCUGACCGAUGUAUUCUAAAGUGCUCAUCAAAAGUAUCUGACGAAUACAGGAUUGAACUCUUUAAUAAAUAUUGGAGUUUGGCGUCAUUACAGCGACAACGGGAUUACUUAGCUUCAUGUAUUGAGCCCCUCCAACUCAAAUAUCGUCGUAUAUUUACUUCAGAAACUCCCAGAAGGCAAAACUGUGGAUUUUAUUUGCUUUUUGAAGGAAAUCGAAUUCGGGUAUGUAAAACCUACAUGAUUAACACUUUCGGAAUAACGGAAAGAACGAUUCGCAGUGUCAUUCAAUCAAGAACUUCUGGUUCAGGCAUAACUGUAGAAGACAAACGUGGAAAACAUGGCAAUCAUUCGAGAGCUGACCUAGACAUAAUAAAUUCCGUAAAAGAACACAUCAACUCCAUUCCUAGAGUCGAAAGUCACUAUCAAAGAGCCAACACAACAAGAGAAUUCGUUGAUGGCGGGUUGUGUAUUGCUGAAAUGCAUAGACACUAUGCAAAAGAGCGAGUCGAUAAUGGAAAAACUGCAGCGAGUUACGAUUGCUAUGCUCGUAUAUUUAAUACGGAAUUUAACAUUGGAUUUUUCUCUCCCAAAAAAGAUCAGUGUGAUUUUUGUGAAGGGUUCAACAAUGCCACGGCAGAAGAAAAAGCAAAGUUGGAAAACGACUAUCAACUACACCAAGAUGAAAAAAACUUGAGCCGAACGGAGAAGGCUAAUGAUAAAGAAAAGGCUAAAGAAAUGGGAUCUAACAUUGUCUUAGCUACCUUUGAUUUACAAGCAGUUAUGCCAGUACCUACUGGGCAGAGUUCUGCUUUUUUCUAUAAAUCAAGAUUGAAUUGUUUUAAUUUUACAGUAUCAGAAAUAAUCAAGGAUCAUACCAUCUGUUAUUUCUGGCAUGAAGGAGUAGGACAAAGAGGUGCUAUUGAAAUAGGUUCAUGUCUUCUUAUGUUCAUCGAAGAAAUUGCGAAUUCUCGUCCUGGAAGUGACAUCAUAUUUUACUCGGAUAACUGUUGUGGUCAACAAAAGAAUAGGUUUGUACAUGCCAUGUAUUUAUACGCAGUGGAAAAAUAUCAAAUAAAUUCCAUUACGCAUAAAUACCUUAUUCGAGGUCACACACAAAACGAAGGCGAUACAGUACAUAGUGUUAUUGAAAAAUCUAUGAAAAGGAGCAAAAAAUCAGGACCUAUAUACGUGCCCGAUCAAUUAGUGACUAUAAUUAGGAAUUCUAAAAAAACGGGAAAACCAUUUGUCGUAAAGGAACUGAGCUUCAAGGAUUUUAUUGAUUUAAAAUCGUUGACCGACGAGAUUGGUUACAAUUGUCAAAAAAACACAGAAGGUGAGCAAAUAAAAAUAUCAAAUAUAAAAAUUAUAAGAUUCGUGAAGGGCAGUGAAGUUUGUUUCUACAAGAAUUCCUACAAAGACAUAACCUGGGAAAAAGCUCAAAUGAAAAAAGCAGGAACAAGACGUUCCGGUGCAAAGGAUAUUGGUAGUAUAAAAACAAAACUCGCAUACAACUCAAAAAUUCCAAUAGCUGAAAACAAGAAGAAAGAUAUACAAAGCUUACUAACAUCGAAUAUAAUUCCAAAUUACUACGAAACGUUUUAUAAUACACUAUUUUGAUUUUGAAUUUGUAAAUUAACAUUAUAAAUAAUAAUAAUAAUAUUUAAG